CACAAUUCACAGAAGACCAGAAGAAGACGUUGUUCCGGUCUGGAGGUAAAUUAAAAACUCAGUCAGGGGAAGUUUUUGUGGGAAGUGUAGUUGUUUUCUUCAUGUGUUAAUCUGUCGGGAACUCUUUAUCCUCUGGCCGGUCGGUCGUUGUCCGGAUGAAGCUUCUCUCUGUCCCGUUAAAUGGAGUCUAAACCAGCAGUUUCCCUUAACGCUGGUCCUCCUUAUGGGCACAUCGUGUGCAGCGAGAAAUGGAGGAAUUCUUCUCUAAUUCAAGGAUUAAAAGGUGGAGAUGUGAGGAUCCUCUUUGAAAAUGAACUUGACGUAGCAGAUUUCCUCCUUCCCAACAAAACCAGCAUCCUGUACGUGUCUGAGUGUGACAUCGUAGCAGGAAACGGCUACAAGAGGAAGCUGGUUCGCUACCGUAACGUCAGUAGCAGCUUCCUGCAGCUGGUGUUGGUGGAGAGGACCAGACUCAGUGAGCAGUACUUCUCUGCUGUGCAGACCUUUGUGGCGUUUGACUUGGAUCUGUCUCUGCUGCCGGUAGGCGGGCAGACGGAAGCCUCACAGCUCAUCACUCAAAUCGUUCAUGGGGAAGCCAGAGAGAAGCCUUUCAGAAGGAAGAGUACGUGUCGGCUGCUGGACCCGCUGGUCCUGGCUCUGGUCCAGCAGAUUCCUGGGGUGGGCAGGGUCAAAGGUCAGACUCUGCUACAGAACUUCUCCACCAUCCAGCAGCUCUGUAACGUCUCUGCUGCUGAGCUGGAGACCGUGGUGGGUCAGGCCAGCGCCCAGCAGAUCCACAGCUUCUUCCACCAGAACACUGCUGGUCAGACUGGUUUUCAGUGACCACCGGGCUGAAACCAGAGUAGUCUGGACUCUCUUCUGUAAUGUUUUCGGUGCUGAGCAUCGGUUUUUCUAAUGUCCAGUUUAUAGGAGUUUAAGAAAAGGUGUGA